GCCAGUGCUGCAGCUGAGCACAAAGUCAUUCUUCCGAAUGGCGAUAUGUUUGCUCAAUGCCAAUGGUGCAGCCACCGUCAAAGGCAGAGCUGUCUUCAUGACGGAAAGCAUGAGAGAGUCCAAAAGCUUGCCUGUCUGCCAAAUGGUUUUCUGAUCUCAGUGGCUUUUUCGCUGUCCCUUCGCGUUUGUUGUGCAUGUCUUCGUCAAGGGUGCCUCGCUGCGACUAGGCAGGAAGAGUGAUGACACAAACCCGAUCGGGAGUCCAUUGUUUAGCAGUCUUGAGUAUUGUCGAUUGUGAUCUCAUACGAUGGAAGCCAAGGUUUCUGCGGGGGGGCUGAUGGAGGGCGGUCGCGCUGACCAGCUUGAAGGUCAGCAGGUCAAGUAUGCAAAGACAUCACAGCGUGGCGAAUCGGAUGGGGAGGAGGACGACCCUGUGCGCGACUACAUUCCCUCAGUCAACCUGACUGAACAUCUGAAAGCGGCCUUGGGCAACGAGUUGUCGUGGAGAGCCGCUGGUCGCUUGGGGUCACGUGUCCUGAAAUGGCUCUCAAAGCACAAGCACUACUUAGCAGUGGCAACAGGGCCCGUUAGCUGUCUACUAGUCCUCCUGGGGGCUGAUCUGGAUGAUGCGGCGGAGUCAAAACAGGCGCGAAUGUUCGGGGCGCUGCUGUGGAUGGCCAUCUGGUGGCUGACGGAAGCGGUGCCUAUCGCCAUCACUGCUCUACUCCCCCUCAGUUUACUGCCCUUUUUCGGAAUCCUGACCGCAGACAAGACCGCGUCCGCCUAUUUCAACGACACUCAGGCCCUGUUCCUGGGGUCCUUCAUCCUUGCGUUAGCUGUUGAGAAGUGGAACGUGCACCGGAGGAUUGCCCUCAAGAUGCUUCUCGUCGCUGGGCGUGGUGGGAUGGACCCUCGCAAGCUGCUUCUCGUCUUCUGCCUCUGUCCCGGCUUCAUCAGUAUGUUCAUCUCCAACACAGCAACGGCCAUCAUGAUGGUGCCAAUGGCCGUUGGCGUCUUGCACAGAGUCCGCGAAGGCAGCGGCCGCAUCAAUGCAGCAAGUCUUGAAGAGGGUUUGGGAAGCGGCCCGAAAGUAGAUCAGAAGAUAGGCCACGACGUAGAGCUCGCGAAGUUAGGGUCAGCAGACAGUAUUGUCACGGAACGGGGGGAUGCAGAGAUCAGCGAAAACUCCCCCCCACGAGGUAGGUCUCCUGUACGGCACAGAACGUUGAGCCACGACAAUAUUGAAGAGGUCGAUCCGCACGAAAACUCAUUCCAUAGCAUAGACCUUUCAGGCGAGGGGCACGAGCAGCGACCAAAGUCGCCAACUCGCUCUGGGGGGGUGGCUCACCAGCGGAAACGACCCCCCCAGAACGCAGGCGAGGGGGACGAAGGGACGGACGUCGAGUUGGGGAUGGUUGAGAAGCGGGAGCGAGGGGGCGUCGUGUAUGGUCGGUUGCAAAACCAGGGAAGCGUCAUAGAUCGGGGAGGUCGAGUCAAAGAGAGCAGGAGCGAUAAGAGGAUGCCGAGCGUGGAGGGGAAGGAGCCGGUCGAGGAUCCAAACGAGGGCGUCAGUGAGGAGGUGCUGAACUACUGUAAAGGGGUUGUUUUGGCAAUUGCAUUUGCAUCUUCGAUCGGAGGUAUGGCGACGCUCACAGGCACGGGCCCAAACCUUGUGCUUGCCGGCAUUUACCCCAGCCUUUUUCCCGGCGCCCCGUCCAUCACAUAUGUACAGUGGCUCGCGUUUGGUCUUCCCAUAUCAACGAUUUUUCUCGCUGCUCUUUGGGUGUUGCUGUGCGUCUGGUACUGCCCCCCCUCCGCCGUGGAAACCGUACGGCAGUGCUUGGACGAGUCGAUCAUCGAGCAGGAGUACCAGAGUCUAGGGCCGAUGUCAUUUGCGGAGAAGGUGGUGUUGGUUGACUUUGUGAUCAUGGCCACUCUCUGGUUGACCCGAAACGUCGGAGACGGCUGGGGCUGGUCCGUCUUCUGGCCGCGCGACUUCAUCAAGGACGGGUCGGUCUCGGCCACGAUGGCGAUCGUGCUCUUUGCGAUGCCGGCGCGGUCGGGAGUCGCCAACGAAAUGGUGCUUGAUUGGGAGACAUGCAAGCGGCUGCCAUGGGACAUUGUACUGCUCAUGGGGGGAGGUUUCGCACUCUCUGCUGGCGUCACUCAGAGCGGCCUCUCCGAGUGGAUCGGCGAGCACAUGCGCUUCAUACGCUUCCUGCCCAGCGCGCUCCUCACGCCCGCGAUCGCCGCCGUCGUUACUUUUACCACCGAGUUCUCGUCCAACGCUGCAACAGCCACCGUGUUUCUCCCGCUUUUAGCUCAGGUUGCCCUCUCUCUGGAACGGCACCCGCUCCUGCUCAUGAUUCCGGCGACCAUCGCGUGCUCAUAUGCGUUCAUGCUGCCCAUAGCCACUCCCCCCAACGCCAUAGCGUAUUCCACCGGCUACUUCAAGAUGACGGACAUGGCGCGGCCGGGAAUGGUCAUGAACGUCAUCGGCAUUGGUUUGCUGGCGGCGUUUGUUCCAACGUUGGGUUCACUUGUAUUUGGCUUGGACACACCAGUUUCGGAGCUUCCAUGGUUACAGCAAGCUCUCAAUUCCACAAGGGAACACGACGGCGACUAAGACCAUGGUUGACGAUGGCCCCUAUCAAGGGGCUCCCGUAUGGAAAAAGCGGGUGUCUUAUACUUCACGAAUCCAACCAUAGCUUGGCAUGUACUUUUCGAGCAAGGAGAUAUCAUCAAAGACAAGUUUGACAGCUUUGCACGUGGACCCCGCUGAGGAAUGGCAGGUUUUGUCGGUGCCGGCUGGGAGGCCAUACAGAUUACAGAUUCAUUGCAAACCAAAUCUGCCGACUAUUGUCUAUCGAACUUGAACGCUGGGUGACCAGCUGCCCGCCUUGAGUAGCUUGCCGGGCAAGAUACGUUCUCCAGCGUUCAAUUCAAUGGAAAUGAGGAAUAGAG